AGGAUCCUUCAUUCCUGCACGUUCGUCGCUUGUUCCAUUCUUCUUUCCACUUCGGGCCUGAAGGAUCAUGGCUUCUAGCUCGAGUUUGAGUCCACAUGAUAUCAAGGCGGGCUCGGUGCACGAUGAGCCUGUUAAGACGAGCCACUACACCACUGAGACGAGCAUCAUUGAGGAUGUCGUCCGAGUCACGGAUCACCAGGCGGAGAGGCGUCUGUGUCGUAAAUUCGACAUCAGGCUACUCCCUGUGCUGGCUUUGAUGUAUCUUUUCAAUGCGCUCGAUAAAGGCAACCUCAGUAACGCAGAAACGGAUGGUAUGAGUAAAGACCUGCAUUUCAAACCGAAUCAGUACAACUUGUUGCUCUCCAUCUUUUACAUACCAUAUGUCAUCUUCGCGCCGCCGUUCGCCAUGCUCGGCAAGCGGUUCAGCCCAGCCCGAGUCCUGCCUAUACUCAUGUUCAGCUUCGGCUCGUUCACUCUUCUCUCCUCCGCAGCCAAGAAUUUCGGCGGCAUGUUCACUCUCCGCUGGUUCCUGGGGACGUCCGAAGCGGCCUUCUUCCCUCUGGUCAUCUACUACCUGACAACCUUCUACCGCCGUGGAGAGCUCGCGCGCCGUCUGGCUAUCUUCUACGCUGCCUCGAACAUCGCCAACGCCUUUUCAGGGCUGAUCGCGUUCGGCGUCUUCCAGAUCAAGAACUCCUCCAUCCCCAAUUGGCGCUACCUCUUCAUCGUCGAAGGCAGCGUGACGGUGCUCUUCUCGUGCUUCGCAUUCUGGUACCUGCCGCGCUCCGCCAGCGAAGCCAGCUUCCUUGACCCGGAUGAGAAAGCCCUGGCCUACCACCGCAUCCAGGUCGACUCCUCGGCCGUCGUCAACGAGGCCUUCAACCUCAAGGACGCCCUCCAGAUCUUCCGCCAACCCUCGACAUACGCCUUCCUGGGCAUUGAGAUCUGUCUGGGCGUACCACUGCAGGGUGUCUCCCUCUUCAUGCCGCAGAUCAUUCAGCGACUCGGUUAUUCCACCGUCAAGACAAACCUGUACACGGUAGCGCCCAACGUGACCGGCGCCGCGAUGCUUCUGGUCCUCGCCUUUGCGUCCGACGGCGCCCGCCUACGCUUUCCUUUCAUCGUGCUGGGCUUCCUGCUCACUUUCACAGGCUUCAUGAUCUACGCGUCCAUCACCGACGUCGAGGCCCAAAUUCAUGUCGCCUACUUCGCCACCUUCAUGAUGACGUGGGGCACCUCCGCGCCCAGUGUGCUGCUCAGCACAUGGUACAACAACAACGUGGCGCACGAGGGCCGCCGCGUCCUCCUCACGAGCAUCGGCGUGCCGCUAGCGAAUCUCAUGGGCUUGGUCGCGAGUAACGUCUUCCGCGCGCAGGAUAAACCUAAAUACAUGCCUGCGUUGGUCACAAUUGCCGCGUUUGGGGCGACGGGCGCGGUUCUCGCGGCCUCGUUGGGCGUGUUCAUGUGGGUGGAUAACCGGCGCCGGGACGCGCGCGAGGGCGUCAAGAUGCGGGCGCAAGAUGUGCCCACGGAACGGUUGAGGGAUGGGCCGGCGGCGGGGGAGUUUCGUUGGUUUUUGUAG